GUCCACCCUAAUCCAAACGAAAUAAAUAAUGGCUGACCUGUGUCGUUAUUGCGUGCAUCCAACGAUAAUAAUAUUUACAUUGUAAGGCUGGGUUACAGUUUUACCUUGAAGAUUCAAGAAUUUGUUUUGGAGUUUUUGUUUUCUCACAAGUAACCAAGUGGAAAGUGAAAAAGCACAAUUGAUUAUGAUAUCAGCUCGUGAAGCGCGCUGAACAACCUGGCAUACGUAAAUAUGCAUCAUAACGAAAAAUUUAGCAAAAAAUGCUUUAAUAUAUUAUCAAAGUGUCCAUUGUUAUGACUUGUACAAUGGGAACAAACGAUGGAAUUCGAGUUUCUACAAAGUGAAAAAUGUAAAUAAACAUAAAAAUGAAGCGAAUUUUUAUUGUUGACCAAUAUUUUAGUAUUAUAGUUGUCGAUGUUGUCAAUGUCUGACUCAUACUCUUGAACUUAUCAAGAGUUUCAUUAAAUAUUUCACUAUGGUUCACAUACCGAGCGCAUAUACUUACGACUUUUGGACUAAAACUCCGACUGAAGUAGUCGAGUUGACAUGUCUCAUGCCCAAUGGUGUCAUCAUUCCAUUGGAAGCUAAUCGGAAUAUUACCCUCGCUGAAAUCAAAGAGGACUUAUGGGAAGAAGCAAGCAAGUAUCCGCUCCAUGGUACAUUAAAAGAUGCACCAUCUUACGUGUUCUCAUGCAUCAAUUCAAAUGCCGAGGCCGAAGAGUUAAGAGAUGAAAGCAGAAGAUUAUGUGAUAUAAAACCUUUUUGUUCUGUCUUGAAAGUUAUUGAAAGGGAAGGGGUCAAAGGUGACAGGAAUUUAGACUCACAGAUUGGUGUACUGAUAGGAAAAGGUCUUCAUGAGUUUGCUGCAUUGAAAAACUCCGAAGUCAAUGACUUUAGAUGGAAAAUGCGACUGUUGGGAGAUGAUAUCGCACUGCAACGACAAAAACUCGAUUGGGAGGAAAAGAUGCGCUAUCAAUAUCCACCUAGAUUAGCACCAACUUCAGCAAUUCCGAAAAAUAUUGAAUCUCGACUCAAGGAUGGGAACAUGCAGGUCCUUACUAAAUUUCAGAGUACUGAAACGACUUACACUUUUCAAAUAUCUCACGAUACAACGCCAUAUCAACUGAUAGAUCUAAUUUUAAAGAAACGUGCAAAUACAUUGAUGUCGAAGGAUGAAAUACCAUCGGAUUUUACGUUAAAAGUAUGCGGUCAAGAAGAGUAUUUGAUUGGUGACUAUCCGCUGAUUCAAUAUAGCUACAUUCAGAACUGCAUAUCACGGGAUAUCACUCCAACUCUCAUCACAAUAAAUAUAAAUAACGUCAUGGUAGAUCAGGAUAAUUUAUUCGAAAAUCCUGAGUUAGAUACUUUAAAACGAGCUCGACCGACUUUUUCUACUCUUACAUUGCGCAAAAAAGGUAAACAUAUUUCAGCUUGGAAAAUCGAAGAUUGGUUUGUAUUCAACGUCAAUGGGAUCUCUCGAUUGAAUUGUGAUGCAGCGAAUAGAACUGUUGAGGUGGGGUUACAAGCAGGUUUGUUUCACGGUGGAAAGUCUCUCUGUGAGAGUCAAAAAACCAAAGAAAUAACUGUCAAUCCCGAUGGUAGUUGUUAUUGGGAAGAAAUGCUCAAGUUUGAUAUCAGGGUCAAAGACAUACCACGUAAUGCACGACUUUGCUUCGUUCUUUAUGAAAUAAGUAAGACUGCUAAAGGCCUCAAAAAUCGAAGACUGGUUAAAGAUUCAAAACAAGAUUAUUUUAUAAAUCCAUUGUGCUGGGCAAAUACCACAAUUUAUGAUUUUAAAUCACAAUUCAAAACGGGUGCAAUGACACUUUAUACAUGGACAUAUGUUGAAGACAUGCAAAAUGAAGAUUUGUUACAUCCUCUUGGGACUGUUGUAUCUAAUCCACAUAUAGAUCGUGCUGCUGCUUUAAUGCUUACAUUUCCUAAUUACGGAAAAGACAAGUCUGUAUUAUAUCCUUCGCCAGAUAAAGUUGUUGAAUACGCCAUGAAGUUACGUGAAACUAAAGAAGAUUAUGGAACUGAGGAUAUAAAUCAAGAGUCUGAAAUGAGUAAACAACAACUAGAACAAUUAAAGCUGCUUGCUGAUCGUGAUCCUUUACAUGAACUUCAUGAGCAGGAGAAAAAGACAAUAUGGGCUUUGAGAAGACACUGUCUUCGUGAGAUACCAAGUUUGUUGUCAAAAUUGUUGCAAUGUGUAGAGUGGAAUGAUCAUGAAGAAGUUGCUGAGGCAACUGCUUUAGUACAGCAGUGGCCAAAAUUGCCUGUAGAAAGAGCCUUAGAAUUAUUAGAUUAUGCAUAUGCUGAUCAAACGGUUCGGAGUUUUGCAGUUCGCUGUUUAAAGGAUGUUAGUGAUGAAGAUUUAAGUUUGUUUUUGCUGCAAUUGGUUCAAGCAUUGAAGCAUGAAAAUUAUUUAUCGUGUGAUCUCACCGAAUUUUUAUUACGACGAGCGCUCAAUAAUCAGAGAAUAGGACACUAUUUAUUCUGGCAUUUAAGGUCUGAAAUGCAAGUAGCAUCUGUAUCAGUACGAUUUGGACUCAUUCUUGAAGCUUACUGCCGUGGUGCUCAGCAACAUAUGAAAAUUUUAUUCAAACAAAUGGAAUGUUUAGAUAAAUUAAAAAAUGUCUCUGAGCAAGUGAAGCAACGGAAAGAUCGUAAAUUAGCUCUUACAGCAUUUCAGGAUUAUUUACAAGAACCGCAUUGCCAAGAAGCUCUCUCCAAUAUUCUUAAUCCAUUGGAUCCAAGCUUUCGAUGGCAUCAAAUUAAAAUUGAGAAGUGUAGAGUAAUGGAUAGUAAAAUGAGACCCCUUUGGCUUGUGUUCGAUAAUUCGGAUCCUUUUGGAGACGAUAUUUAUUUAAUUAUGAAACAUGGAGAUGAUUUAAGACAAGAUAUGUUAACUUUACAAAUGUUAAGAAUAAUGGAUAAAUUGUGGAAGCGAGAAGGUUUAGAUUUACGUAUGAAUCCAUAUCGAUGCAUAUCUACUGAUAAUCGAGUUGGAAUGAUUGAAGUAGUCUUAAACGCUGAAACGAUUGCAAAUAUUCAAAAAGAGAAGGGAAUGUUUUCAGCUACAGCUGCCUUCAGACGCGGUUCUCUUCUUACUUGGUUAAAAGACCACAAUACCACAAAGGCCGCACUUGAUAAAGCAAUAGAAGAAUUUACGUUAAGUUGUGCUGGCUAUUGUGUAGCAACUUAUGUUCUCGGAAUCGCUGACCGGCAUUCAGAUAACAUAAUGGUCAAGAAAACUGGCCAAUUAUUUCACGUAGACUUUGGUCAUAUUCUUGGACAUUUCAAGGAAAAAUUCGGCUUCCGGCGAGAGCGAGUGCCCUUUGUACUCACUAAUGAUUUCGUUCAUGUUAUUAACAAAGGACAAACUAAGAAGGGUCAAGCUGUUGAGUUUCAACGAUUUCAGAAUUACUGCGAGACGGCUUUUUUAGUUCUUAGGCGUCAUGGUGGAUUGAUUCUGUCUCUUUUUGCUAUGAUGAUCUCCACGGGAUUGCCCGAACUUUCGUCAGAAAAGGAUCUUAAUUAUUUAAGAGAUACCUUGGUAUUAGAAAUGUCGGAAGCUGAGGCACAAAAACAUUUUAGAAGCAAAUUUGAUGAAGCUCUUUGUAAUUCGUGGAAAACUUCGUUGAAUUGGGCUUCUCAUAACAUGGCUAAAAAUAAUAAAACUACGUAAAAAAUAACGUAAGACUGCAAGUGCUCAGAAUUUAUAAAUUUGUUUAUGAUUAUUUUAUUAAGAGUGGUAGUUGUCAGCGAUUCAUUUAAUGAGAUUUCAUAGAUUUUCUGAUAAUAAUGAAAAUGAAGAUGAUAACAUACAUUGCCAAAUGUUUUGAAUAUUUUUUUUAUGAGUCUAAUGCUCACUACAAAAUGUACAUGUUAAUCCAUAUGCCUACAACAGUGUGAUUAUUCAAAGCAAUAUCAACUAUUUAAAUAAUUUAGAUAAAAACAACACAUUUUUCAUAAUGUAAUGUAAUCACUGGCUCCACUCAUUUGUAUUGUAUAAAUAAUAAUUAGGAUACAACUUUUUCAAUUUUUAAUCACAAUUGGUCAACUAUUCGUAUAAAUAGUUACAAUUGAAUCUUUUUCGAAUGAAACACUUACCAAAUAAAUCUGUAGAUUUUUAAAAAAAUUUUCACACACAAUAUUUAUAAUAAUAUUUUUUCGAAAAAUUCUUAAUGAAAAAAAAAAAAAAAUUACCAAUAACUACAUUUGCUUUGUAUAUUUGCUAGAACAGUUAGAUUUUCCAAAUGAACAGUAAAAUUAAUUAUAAAUAGUACAAUAAAUAAACACAAUAGGCACCACUUUUAAUAAUCAAUCACAUACGCAAGUGCCAAUAAAUUGUUAUUUUAAUUUUCAUUAAUUAUUUCGAAUUUAUAAAUCAUUUUAGAUAAUAUUAAUUCGCUGUUUAUCCAAGACUUUAUUGAUGCAAAUCAUUUUCUCAGAUACAAAAUUAUAACUGCCUAUCUUAUAGUUUUAAAGAUUUUUUCUUGUUCAAUUUCUGUAUUUAUAUUCAAUUAUAUAUCGUUAUUUAAUUUUUCCGUUGUUGCAAUAUACUCUAAAAUUCUUAUAUGAUUAUAAAAUAAUUGACCAACAUUUCUAAAAUUGGAUUAACAAAAACUUACAUUCAAGAUCACUCUAAUACAAAAUGAAAUAGCUUGAAGACUCAAAUUAAUGUUAUUUUUUGCCAAUAUUGUUUAAAAUUCACUGUUUACUAGAUACUAUCAAUUUUCUUCUUAUGAUGAAUAUUUGUGGUACCUUGUCCAUCGUUCACUGUAAAAAUAUCUUAUCAAGUAUUAAAAUAUAUUAAAAUAAUUAAGUUAAAUUAUUUUAACUCAAAAUAACUAGCAGUUUAUUUUUAUGACUAUUUAUUCUUAAAUAAAUGAUAUUAAAUAAAACUAAUAUUUUUUUGAACAAUAUCGGCUAAAAAUGGACUAUAAAUGAUAUUAAAUCGUUAAGCAUUUAAUAGAAGCUUCAUGAAUUUCAAUUUUUCACAAACAUGAAUAAAAUAUAGAUAUUGUAAUGGAAGGAAAAAAAGUGAACAAAAUUUUAGACACAGACUACAUUUUUAGGUUUGGUCGCGAUGCAACCAAGUACAAUGCAAUUAUAAUUAUGAUAAAUAUUUAAUAAUAUUACUCUUAUUAUCAAUAUUAUUAUUUUAAUAUUUUAUUAUAAUUAUUACUAUUAUUACAUUUAAUUGUUAGUUUUGCCACAAUCGUCGUUAUUUCUUUAAUUGUACUCCUCACUAUUCUUAUAUUAAUUAUAAUUAUGAUUAUUAUAUCAUUUAUAAUAAUUAAUUUAUCAUAAUUUAUAGGGUAAUUAUGUUUCUGGGAUAUGAUAAACCAUGCUCUGUUUAAAAAAAGUAAGAACAGCAUAAGUUAAUAUUUAGAUUUAUAUAAAUUACAUGUUCACUAGUUAAUUUAUUAACUAUUAGGUUGAUUUAUUGAGACAAAUUGUGCGUUAAAUUACACAAAAAUUUCGCAAGAGAUUUAAUUUUACGUAACUUUUAUGUAUUGUAUUAAAUUGUCAUUAUUAUUUUAAGUUACUAUCAUUUAUUGGGUGAAAUAAGUUUAGUUUAGUUUAUCUGUAAUUUCUAGCCGUUUUUUUAGUUAAUACACAGCAAUUGAAUUAGUCAGUAUAUAAGCAAGUCAACUUGUCAUAUGACUUGUUAAGAAAUUAAUGAAAAUGUUGUGAAAAUUAUUCGGCUAUUAUUAUGAUUAUCAUUGGAAUUUAAGAGAUAUGUACAUAAUUGUAAAAAAUGUUACGUUGAAUCUGUUGAAUAAAUUGAUCGAUUUUCAUUAAUUCUGGAUGAAAAAUUUAAAUCGAUCAAUUUUAGUAAAAAAAAAAAAAAAAAAUUGACCGUCGAUCGAUAAUCGACAAAAAUGCAAUUCAAAUCAUUAACAAAUUGUUAUUAUAAACGAAUUUGUUAUUCGUUUUUUUUUGUCGAUUUUCUGUUGGUCAGAUAUGAAUUAUUUUAAUUUAUAUCAUAAAUUUUUACGAGAUUAAUUGCAAAGAAUUAUUUAGGCAAGUAUAUACUGAAAUUGCUGAUGAACGCCAUCACUAUUAUUAUAAAUAUGCUUUGUCUAAUUAUUCUUGUAUAUACCGUUUAGCUUUUAAAAACCAAAUUCAAUGUAUUUCAAACGUUAUUUAUUACUUAUGUAACGAAAUGCAAACAAAUAGAAAUUCACAACGA